AUGGCAUUUGUUCUCACCAUUCUGUUAGUUAUAUCUUCUGUUCACUCUCAUGCAACAUCUGAUGAUAUUUCUGUUGAAAGCGAUAAUGAUGAAGAAGAACAAGAGUCCGGAGAAGAUGAUGAUGAUAAUAAUGAAGAAGGCUUCACUUAUGGUGUACCGGAAUCGCAACCACAACAACCAAUGGAAAAUCACUCAUCAGUGCCGAUUGAGAUACCUACACAUAACCGACGAUCUAGGCAACAUGGUAACAGAGGUGGUAGAACUACUAAUAGAGGACGAAACCAAUCCAGCCGACAGACAACACAAAUUCCACGAAGAAGAGCUGUUAUGGACACACAUCUAACAAAUAUUGAGUCAUAUCUUGCAACUAUGCAAACUCCAAUCCAGAUGCUCAAUGCACGUAGCCAAGCGAAUGAAGAUUAUGAGCGUGAAUCAUGGUUGCAACUAAAUGAAUUACAAGGCAUAGAAAAAUUUACAGAUUUUUGGUGGGCAUCAUCGGAGAUUUUAAGAGACCCGUUCGAGCAAAAGAGGUUUGUGCUGCUAAAAAAUAAUGAAGAGAGAAUUCGUUUUCUCGAAGGGGUGACAGGUUAUGAUCGAAGUGGCACUUUUCGGGGUAGUCCAUGGAAACGUCAGCUUAGUGGUUCUAGCGGGCCAAGUAGUAGAGGAUCAUUUGGUAGUGGAUCUGGUUCUCCUGGCGUAGGAGGGUUUUCACAAUUCAAUAAUGCUGGAAAUUUCAACAUCGGAGGAACUUCAAAUUUUGGUGGUGAUGGUUAUGAUCGAAGUGGCACUUUUCGGGGUAGUCCAUGGAAACGUCAGCUUAGUGGUUCUAGCGGGCCAAGUAGUAGAGGAUCAUUUGGUAGUGGAUCUGGUUCUCCUGGCGUAGGAGGGUUUUCACAAUUCAAUAAUGCUGGAAAUUUCAACAUCGGAGGAACUUCAAAUUUUGGUGGUGAUGGUACUUCAAAUUUGGGAGGGUUUUCACAAUUUGUAAGUUCCGGUUCACCGAACCAAUUCAGAAGAAGACAAGGAUUUCAAGUUCCAAACUCUAACCCACAGUUUGAUGAGUCCUCAAAUCCAAGAGUUAGCUCUGAUGAAGGUUUUGCAUAUAGACCUGCGUCUGCAUCCGAGUUACUUGAUCGUUUUAAUUUGUCUGAUUUCAAUCGCACAAUUGGAAACAAUGAUAAUGAUGGAGACAACUAG